GUUGUAGAUCAAAUGAGAAAGUGGGCAUACAGCCCCUUCCACCGCCCCGGGAACCGCCCCGGGAGCUUGACCUGCGGAAGGUGCCGAGCAUUUUCCUGGCCUCUAAAGCUGCAAGUCAGCACUGUCUCCAUGCCUGGACCCUUCACUCCCUGCCCCUGAAUCAAGUUACAGAGAAGCUGACUUAGCCAAGCUCUGGGAAAGGCAAGUCACCCUGGGCCUUCAAUGGGCUCAGAAGUGGUAGGAAGCCUCAGGACUUUGGAUGAGCCAAGGCCAGGUCCUUGCCACAGCGCUGCAUUAUCCCCAACCCAUCUCAGUGCUGAUCCCCACUCGGCCCCUGUAAACCCUGGAUGCUGAUUCUCUGUCCCUUCUGUUCUAGGCUAAGCCCAAAGUUUGUCCUAAGACAGAGGGAAAAAAUAGGGCUGUACACAAAAAAUGGUUGCUCCUUUGGAACAUGGUGAUGCUAUGUAAAAAAAACAGUAUACAAAAUGGUAGGGGGUAAAAAGGUGGGUCCUCUCAGCUUUGAGAGGGCAGUCCCCAGAGUCAGAGAUGGGUCCAGAUGACCAAGGAGAAUGAUGCUGCCAGCAGGAGCAAGCCAUGCCGGGUUCAGACUGCAUCUCUGCGUGUCCCUGGUCUCUUUAAGUGAAGACAGCACAUAGAGAGUUUCCACAUAACCCCUCAGGAGGCCUGGAGUCUCUGGGUGCUCUACUCUAGCGUUCCAGAAUUAGCAAAUCUUAAAGCUGGUUGAUUGAUUUAAAGGUCUUAUAUGCUGGGCACUGGGGAUACAACAGUGACCACAGACCCUAUCCUCAGGGAGCUCUCAGGUGGGCCAGAUCAACAAGUAAAUCAGCUAAUUAAAACGCAGUGACAAAUGUCAUCAUGGAGUGACACUUCGGGCUGUGGAACACAGAGGAUGGAACCCCUGCCUAGCUGUGAAGUUCGCUUCCCUGGGACAUGUGGCAUUCCAGUGAGACCUGAUGAAUGAGAAGCAGCCGGCCCCACGAGCUGUGGGAACACAGUAUUCCAGACCUUGGAGCUGGAGGGGACAGCAAAGAUGAUCAGGCCUCCAAGCCUGGGGAGGGGCCUGCACACCGGGCCAGUCCUAAGAUAUGUCUGGGCUGCCACAAGACCCAGAGCCCAAGAGGGAGACAGUGAGGGUUGGGAGGGUCAACCUGGCCUCAUUCCUGCAGUGAAGAGAGGACACCCUAAGGGUCAGCCAAUCAAAAUCUCCAACCGUGAAAGCUCCGGCCAGCCCCUCCUUCUCCCACCCCAGGCCCUGUGGUGAACGUUUUCUGCACCCUCAACAGACAAGUUAGGGCCUCGGGACCAGGAAAUAGGGCCCUCGGGUUCUGGAGUAGGCUUCAUCACUGACUUGGAUUGUGAUCUGCACGUCCUCGCCCUUCUCUGAGACUCAUUUUUUUUCCCCAUCUGAAAAAUGGGACUUCCUUCACUCCACCCACAUUCUGCUCUGACUUUGGGGCUCUGGGAUAUUGAGAGAUGGGCUUGUUUCCUGGGGUGAGUUCGACAGGACUGAGGCCACGAGUGCCGGUCGGUCUAGGUUCGCCACUCCAUCCCAUUCCCGGAGACUCGGGAACAUGUCCCACAAUGCCCUUGAGAAACUACAUUUCCCGACAUGCAAACGGGGAGGCGGUGCCCACCUGUCUUGGGCAAUCUGCUCCUGGACCGGCCUAAGGACUACGACUCCCGGCGUGCUCCGCGGCCCAAGGCCAGAAGGGCCCGGAUCCGGAACCAGAUGUGGUGUAGUGCUCCCGUGCCGAAGCGCCGGGGAGAUGGCCACGGGGACUGACCAGGUGGUGGGACUCGGCCUCGUCGCCGUUAGCCUGAUCAUCUUCACCUACUACACCGCCUGGGUAAUUCUCUUGCCAUUCAUCGACAGUCAGCAUGUCAUCCACAAGUAUUUCCUGCCCCGAGCCUAUGCUGUUGCCAUCCCACUGGCCGCUGGUCUCCUGCUGCUCCUGUUUGUGGGACUGUUCAUCACCUACGUGAUGCUGAAGAACCAGAAGGUGACCAAAAAGGCUCAGUGAAGGCCCAGCAGGGAUGAGGCUGCCAGCCCCUUCUCUGCUUCUUCUCCAGGGCAGACCAAGGGUGGGAGCCCACAGGACCCAUGCAGGCACCCCUGUGGGAUGGAGCUGCUCAGGACUCAUCCUUACUGGCCAGAGCCCCUGCUCCUCCCCUGCUCACUCGUCCAGAAACCAGGAGGAAGGUGUACCUGAAAGUUCCCCCUCACCCCUUCUGGCUCAGGAUCUGAAAGAUGCUGGCCCUCCCCACCUCACCUUCAGACUCUUGGUUACUUUUUCCUCUGGGUUCUGCACUCUUGCCUCAGUUUCCCUCCUGUCACAUGCUGUUGUUGGAUUUGGCAGGUUCUGGGGCAUCAUGUGACCUCUCCCCACAUGUCCUGCUCCUCCUCCAAGGCAGCUUUCCUGGGUCUGACAUAGCCCCAGACCCCACAGGAUUUCUGGACCUGGAAAGCCUAGGGCUGACAGGCCCCAGGACCACCUCCAGGCCUCAGGACACAUUAGGGUGGCCACACCAGGCCCCCAGAUCGACCGCUUCUUGUGGAGGCCCAGCCCCCCAGGCCCAGUCCCCCAACCCCAGUACUGGCUUGUUGGGGAGAGCUGAACAAUAAAUGUUGAUGGUGUGUU